GGCAAACCUCUCUCAUGCAUAAGUUUGCCUGACUUCCUCAGUGAAGUCUGUCUGGUGUGAAGAGAAGGAGCCUGGAACAAUGUUAACCUUCCUGGUAGUAGUGGGGGUCGUCGUGGGGGGAGCUUACAUUUACCGUCAUGUUGUGGUGAAGGGGAAGCGGUGCACAAGCAAAGCAAAGCUGCAUGGGAAAACUGUGAUUGUGACUGGCAGUAACACAGGCAUUGGGAAGACCACAGCCAUAGACUUGGCUAAAAGAGGAGCCAGAGUGAUUCUGGCCUGUCGCAGCAAGCAGAGAGGAGAGGCUGCUCUUGAAGAAGUCAAGAGGGAGAGUGGCAGUAGUCAGGUGGUGUUCAUGCAGAUGGAUCUGGGGAGUCUCAAGUCUGUUCGCAGCUUUGCGGAAAACUUCCUGAAGACUGAAACCAGAUUGGACAUCCUCAUCAACAAUGCAGGGGUUUACAUGCAGGGACGGACAGAGGACGGACUGGGAAUGAUGUUUGGUGUCAACCACAUCGGCCACUUCCUGUUAACCAACCUGUUGCUGGACCGGCUGAAAGAGUGCGAACCAAGCCGGGUGGUCAAUGUGUCAUCUGUGGGACAUAACUUUGGAAAAAUUGACUUUGACUGCCUGAACACUCACAAAGCUCUGGGACUGGGGACAUCCUUCACGGCGGUUGGACAGGUCUACUGUGAUAGUAAGCUGUGCAACGUCCUCUUCACACAUGAGCUGGCCCAGAGACUGCAGGGAACCAAGGUCACCUGCUAUACCCUUCAUCCAGGAGCUAUCAACUCUGAGCUGGCCAGGAACACUAGCUCAGUACUGCAAACCCUCCUGAUACCUGUGACUGCCUUUUUCUUCAAAAACACCAUCCAGGGAGCCCAGACCACCCUGCACUGUGCUCUACAGGAGGGCAUCGAACCUCUCAAUGGACAUUACUUCUCCAACUGCACUGUGAGAGAAGUCUAUGCUAAAGCCAAGGAUGAUGCUGCAGCUAAGAAGCUGUGGGAGCUCAGUGAGAGACUGUGUGGUCUUGCAUAAAAAGCUUCAUAUUGGAUUCCAGACACUGGGCUGCCAUAGUUUUAUAUUAGAGACAGAGUUAUGGAAGACGUCCUCAUAGUCUGAUAGCAUGAAAAGAUCACAGGCUAUAAGUAAGGCAAAGGUUCAUGUAGAGGUACACAUUUGGCAGCUCCCUCAUUGCCAUGCCACUCCUCUCCUGAG